GCCAAUUUCAAUUGCCGCUUUCGUCGUCCAUUCCCUCAGUUCUCAGUCCGCACCCCCCUUCCCUUUCCCUGCGCGUCCAUCUGUCCGAACACCGAGACCAGAUCGGCCUUAGUUGUUUUGCUUUGUAGGAAGUGGAAAACAAAACAAAUCCCUAACCGAGCGUCGACAAGCAUAAACGGCGGUUGAAACAAACACACACACACAUGGAAGGAGCUGCAGCAUCAUCUUCGCCAAGACCGCCGCAGUCGCCGCUAGCCGUGCCGUACCAUGCUCGAUCAGGGCUCGGACUGCUCCUGCCCAGCGCACGGGAGCAGCAAGACACCAGGCAGGGCAGGGUGACUGCGACCGGCAGCAGCAGCACCGCGACCAACGCCACCAGUGCGCACUUGGCCGCCACCACUCCCGGAAGCAGACCGCCUCCGCCCGCAUGGGCUCACAUGCUGGGUGGUGGACUUGGAGGCACGCUUGGCACGGUUGCCACGAGUCCGCUCGAAAUUAUCAAGACGCGCAUGCAGUCGUCGCAGCACCGCUCCGACCCACGCGCCCCUCGGACGAUUCGCACUGCGCUGCUGCAGCUAUAUCGCGUCGAGGGACCUCGAGCACUGUUCCGUGGUCUUGUUCCGAAUCUCGUGGGCGUCGCACCGAGCCGAUCCAUCUACUUUUUCUCCUACUCCAAGGGCAAGGAAUGGGUCUCAGCGCUGGUGGACGACAAGAGCAGUCUCGUUGUGCCCGCUGGCGGCGCUAUUCUCGCCGGUGUUUCAGCCUCCACUAUUACCAAUCCCAUUUGGCUCGUUAAGACGCGACUGCAGCUCGAAUCUGAAUCGAUGCGUCGAGUCGCUGCCGCAAGCACCACCACCACCACGUCUCUCACUGGCGGUGCACCCCUGGCUACCGCACAGCCUGCACAGGGACUGAUUGCGGGUACCAUUCGUUGUGUGCGCGAUGUGUACCGGCGCGAAGGCAUUGUUGGGUUUUACCGCGGCAUGAGUGCGUCGUAUGCCGGCACUUUGGAGACCAUCAUCCAGUUUGUCAUUUACGAGCGCCUUAAAGAGUUUGCGGCUAAAGUUCGCGCCGACUCUGCGGAUGUUCUAAUGACCACGCCACAACUUUCAACGACGACAGAUUCUGGCUGGGAGUCUGACGACAGCGCGUUUGGCCAACGAGAAUCAACUCAGUCACUUCCCAAGCACCGACUGAGCGCCCAGCCUUCGGCAGCCGUGCCAUCGAAUGCCGAAACGAGCAAGUCCCUGCGAGAUUUUGUCGAGUACACAACCAUUGCUGGUGUUGCCAAGCUCGUGGCGUCUAUUUCAACCUAUCCUCAUGAGGUCAUUCGGACACGAUUGCGCGAGAAACCUGUUGGGAAUGUUGCCAAGUACCGCGGCUUUUUCCACUGUCUGGGCAAGAUUGCAAUCGACGAGGGUUGGCGUGCUCUCUACAGCGGCAUGCCUGCCCACUUGGCGCGUGUCGUACCCAACACGGCCAUUAUGUUUUUAACCUAUGAAAUCGUUGUUCAUUUGGCUCAAUGACGUUGUUGUUGUUGCUUUCUUUUCUUUGCUCGCUUGCAAGCUAAGUAAUAUAUUUGUAAUUUUUCGCCAA